CUUGUUUAUGAACCUACAUGGAAAGGUGAAGAAGAAAAAAAACCAACAGUCACACUUCCGGCUUGAAGUUAUUUGAGUAGGUCUUCGUUUUAUGACUCCCGUGAACGUAAACCUUAACGGUAAUAACUGUUAUUUCGGUACAAACCACACUUAUUUGCCCCAUAUAAAGUGAUGCGUUAUGGCAGUCACCGCGGCUGCUGUCAGUCGCCAUGUCCGCCUCGCGGUGUUAACACACACUUGGAGAAAUAAUGCAGCGACAACAUGCAGCCGCCGGAAAGUGUCAACGGUCCUCACAUCCGACCUCGGUGUCUCUGGCGAGAACACACAAGUGGACCGCAGAGCUCCAGCGUCCCACAAAGGAAGGGAAGACGAGCACAGCUACCGCCGCUUGCUGAAGUCGUUAGUAUCCGUGGGUUUGGGACUGUGCGGUGCCGCUGCCCUUCUGGACCGCCGAGAGGCCGGCGGUGACCUCAAAUCACACGGGUUACUUGGACGCAUCUUACCGACAGCCGAGUGCGCGUCGCCCUUUAAACCGGGCACUCCUCGAUAUAAAUACAAUUUCAUCGCAGAUGUCGUCGAAAAGUCUACCCCGGCGGUUGUCUACAUUGAAAUCGUGGGCAGACAUCCAUUUUCCGGAAGGGAAGUGGCGGUAUCCAAUGGCUCAGGAUUUAUUAUCAGCAGCGACGGGCUCAUCGUGACCAACGCUCACGUGGUGGCCAACAAGCGAGGGGUCCGCGUCAAGCUCACCAAUGGCGAUAUGUACAACGCUACCGUGCAAAAUGUCGAUCCGGUGGCGGACAUCGCAACCAUCAAAAUCUCUGCAAAGAAUCCUCUCCCCACCCUCCCACUGGGCCGUUCGUCUGAUGUCCGUCAAGGGGAGUUUGUGGUGGCCAUGGGAAGCCCGUUUGCGUUACGGAACACCAUCACGUCCGGGAUCAUCAGCUCGGCGCAGCGGGGCAGUAAGGAACUUGGCUUGUCCAACCCCAACAUGGAAUACAUCCAGACAGAUGCGGCAAUCGACGUGAGUGUCGGCUACACUGACCGUGUGUAUCGUAGAGUACCUGCGUAUUUGCCUUUUACUUCCAAUGUUGUAUCUUGUGACAUUUGUGUGAUUUUGCAGUUUGGCAAUUCCGGAGGACCACUCAUCAAUCUGGAUGGUGAAGUCAUCGGGAUAAACACAAUGAAAGUCACUCCAGGGAUCUCAUUUGCUAUCCCGUCCGAUCGCCUGCAACUUUUCCUUGAUCAGGCUGCCAAAAGAAAAAGUUCCUGGUUUGGCGAAUCCGAGACAAAGCGGCGGUACAUUGGUGUCAUGAUGCUAACACUUACGCCGAGCAUCAUUGCCGAGUUGAAGCUGAGGGAUCCAUCUUUCCCAGAUGUGACUCAUGGAAUUCUGAUCCACCGAGUUAUAAUGGGCUCCCCAGCGCAUAGAGCCGGCCUGCUGCCUGGAGAUGUUGUGGUGGAAAUCAACAGAGUGAAAGUAAACACCUCAGAGGAGCUCUACACGGCCGUCCGUAACAGUGAUAAGAUUACUAUGGUUGUGCAGAGAGAAGAGCAGCAGCUUCAACUGCAAAUGACUCCUGAAUACACAGAGUGACAAGCAACUCAAUCGUAUACAUACAGGAGUAAAACUGUGAAAUUAAGUCACCAUGCCGAUAGGGAAUUACAAUGGACAUGUUAAGGAACGUUGACUUUUUCCAUUACCGUACUAUGUUAUUAAUGUACAGUGUAUUUGUAUCAGGGGUGCUUGCUCCCCUACCAUGACAUACAUUUUGUAAGCAAACAUUUUUGAAAAUGUUCAUCCAUUCUUAAUUUUCCCUAAUUGUAACAUCACUAUAAUGUGAAAGUCAAAAGACAGUGCUGCACUAUUGUUGGACUCGGGUUAGUAGCGUCUGCUGACGGCAUUAUCAACAACGGCUUCUGAUGACAUGGUUUGCCGACGAGAAGACUAAAUCCGUACAUUGGCAAGUGUACUUUGGUAAUGCGGUGAUUCAACUACUGCCUCAACCAGUGGAAAUAAAAUGAAUGCCUUUUGUAUUCACUCUGCACUCACU